GCGCAGUCUGUAGGCUGCGUGUCCCCGUUGAACCGAGCCAGCUGCCCGGGGAGGGCGACCGCGCAGCACCCGGCGAAUUACCUCGCUCCUCCGCGGACUCUCCAUCCUCCGCUGCCGUGUCGACACCGCCGGACUCGGCAUGGUGACUAUUCGCUGUUUUGCUCCUUUCUCUCUGGACUUGGACGACGUCGCAUUAACUCGGAAAUAUAAAACCGGAGAAGAACCCGUUGAACUUCCCGGACACAAGGACAUGAGUGCCAAGACAUCGUCAAAGCGGAGCCUACGCUGGAUUAUAAUUCCUCUCUGAAGACUUAUUACUGUGGACAAAUUGACCCAAUAAAGCAAUUGAUCAGCAAAGAGUGCCGCCACAGAGGGAUCCCGGCAUAAUGGACGGCGAAGAUUCCUCAGGGUCAAGUGUGAUUGGGUGAGUCCAUGAGUGUGCAAUAGACCAGACUUUUACGCGUCCGGAUGCCCUUGUGUGUUUUCAGAUGUGUUCUGAUUGACUCUGAGAAGCAUGAAUCGGAGACUGAACUAGCUUGUUCUGUACCUGUGAGUGGCGAUUUCGGAAGGCGAUAUGGCACUGUAAUCUCGGACCAAGGGCCAGACGAGGCCUGCUCGGCCAGGCCGAGCCCUAUCACAGUGCUUGCUUAACACUCGCAGACUCUUUCUGAGACUGCUCCUGCUGGCCGAAUAAUAAUUCUCGCGUUGUUCUAGCUUCACUUCAUCUUAACGAACAUUUUAGGUGUUAAUUGUUAGCAAGAUGGAUCUGAGACAUUCCGAAAGAGGUGAUGGUGACACGUGGCCAUUCGUCGCCUCAACAAAGCUAGCAAACACACAGUUUUUGUCGCAUUUUACUCAACGUGUGAUCCGUUAGAAAUUCACUUUUAAAGAAAAAGCACUCAUUUGCGCCUCGUCCUCUCUGAUCUCCAGCUUGAAGUCUGAAGUUGGGGCGGCCACACCCCUCGCCACACAUUGUUGAAUCCAUUUUGUUUCAAUGAUUGAAAAACAGCCUAUCGAUGUCUCUUGUUGCUUAACGCCCCAACAGAUCGCAGCGGAGUGACCAGUAGGCAGCAGUGGAGGCGGAGUGAGUCAUCACUGAGAGUCAUCCCACCUACAACACGCUGCUGCUACUUGGCCUUGUAGCCAGCGCCGGCAUAAACGAAAGCUAACGUGGCCCAUUGCGCCCAAUAUCUUUCCACGGUAAAACCGUAGUACCCGAUCUAAAUAGCGACUUGCACGAAAUGGAGUUGAAACAGGUUCCCAUUUCGUGGUUUUCUUUAUUUUCAACUACAAAUGCAAUUUAAGGUUUGUACGACGUAUCUGACGUUACGACCUCUGAAGUGAAAAUAGCGGUUUGUUAAAAAAAAUUACAAUGUACCUACAUUUUGCGUCAUCAAAAAAUCGCAAUAAUGACAUUUAUUUAUUUUUCCAACAGAAUUUACGUAAACAUAAACUGAAUGUUGGUGACCAACCAACGUCCAGUCGUUAGCUGUAAAAUUGAAAUAGUAAUAAAAUGUGAUAUUUUCUAUAGUGAUGUUUUCUAUAGCAACGAAUGAUUUUUAUGAUUUCGUUUUUAGAUAAAUCGACGAUUACUCAUCUUUGUUAUCGAAAAUCUAAUUAGAUAAUUAUAAUUAUCAUUGUAUUAUUGUAUAUGCAUCAUCUGUCUCGUGAAGGUACAAAAUUAUAGUCGAAGUAUUUAUAUUUAAUGUGGCUAGUUUGUGAACCUUAGACAACUUUGCGAUAUUCGCAUUGAUUUGUACUGCGCAUUCAAGUCAAUAUUCAUACAAAGGUGUCAACACUGAUACGCCCUCAUUUACUUUAGUAGAAUUACGUUGUGUGUGGGCGGCAAGGCAGGGAUCGUCGAAACCUGCGUUUCGUAAACUGUACAUUUUCGUGUCAAAUCAUGUUAAGUUGGCAGUCGAUUUUUACGCAAGUCCAAAUUUUUAUGAUAAUUUUUCAUGAUAAAUGAGACCAAUACAUUUAUUUAUUUUUAACCUUAGUUCUAUGUGAUUUGAUUGUACCAGAGUAUUGUAUUUGUGCUUUGUGCAUUUUUUUUUGGUGCAGCAAAGAGUGGUGUGGUCUGCAUAGCAACAGUUGGUGGUUGGUCGACUCAGUUAACGUCACACUAUCAGAUGCUAGUCAAUUUCGUUACAUUUUAUUUUAGACAGUUUUCUUCUCCAAAAUCCAAUCGAUAUUUAUUUUAAAAUGAAAUAUUCCUGAAUCCUAAAGCGCUGUUGUGAAAUGUGAUUUCUAUUUUAUUGCGGUGUCAUAAUGCGGAAGAGAACAGAGGUUAACUUGAUGGGAAUAUUCAGACCACACUUCAACUUGGGCCAGACACACACACACACACACACACACAAUCAGACACCCAGACACAUUUGACGCUGUGUACCCCACAAUGAACCCCGGCUCCUAAGAUGAAUGGGGUUCCCACGCCUCUCCCAAGGAGUGCAGGGCACAGCCGCCUCCACUAACCAUUCACACACACAUAAAAUCACACACAUGCCCACUGACACAUAGACAAUACAUGCUUUGCACAUGAUACACACAGGUGUCUGCCAACAUAAAACGCACUACAAUGGCUUCGAAUCAUUUAUUUUAAUUACUCUCAGAAAUGUAGCAGUCAGUUGAAAAAUAAAUAAAUAAAUUAAUAAAUAAAACAUCAAAGCUGUAUUAUGCUACCUGUGUGGGGGUCUCAAGACCAUUCAAAUUACACACCUGUCUGUAAUGUUUUACAGUAAAGCUGCUGAAUUACAUAAAUAUAAAACUAUUAUCUCUGGGACGUGUAUAAUAAGAUAAUAACACACACACACACGUGCACACUCUAAAAAGCUAUGUAUAUGCCGUCUUAUAUACGCAUAUAAAAAAUAUUUCCUGAGAUUUAUCAGUGUGUUUUUGGUGAAGAAUGACCUUGAAAGAAUUACUGUUAUUAUCCACACACUUACAAAGACGUGUUUGUGUGUGUGUGUGUGUGUGUGACUGCCCUAAACCACACUCACACACCCCCACACACACACACUCAUAUCUAUGUUCGUAUCUCUACCAAUUCUUAAAUAAUUAUUUUUGUCUACGUGUUUUCAUGCAUAACAUACAUAAUAACUCUAACGCUCACACAAACACAAAAAUGUGCGCAAACACACACACACAUACACACACACACUCAUUUGAGAACAGUUAUACUGAAUUUUUUUUUUCCGAAAAAUAUUUUUUCAUUCUGUUAUUUUCAGUGUAGUUUUUCGUGAUAUUUCAGCCAUUAUCACUCUUCAUGUUUACCUGUUAUGAGCAAUGUUUUUAAACCACUUUCUGUUUCUGGCCACAUCAUCAAUCUAUUCUACAUCAUCACUGUAUAUUCUUUUUCAUGUUUUGCUGUUCUGCAUUCCAGCAUAUCAUAUCAUACCAUUAUUUUUACGCCAUUCUUUUGUGUGCUUUUCGCCGAAUGUGUGUGUGUGUGUGUGAUGUCCAUGCACGUGUGUGUGUUCUCUGUUAGCCAAAAUUGUGGUUUGUCUUAGAUAAUAUUUCAGAUCACCAUUUGAUUUUAAUUAAGUCCAUUUUGAUUGAAAAGUGCAAAGUUUAUUUAGGAUUUGAAUUUCAACACUUUUGGUGACAUAUUUAAAACUGGAAAAAAUAUUGUCGUAAUAGUCACGACAUCCAGUGUAUGUUGUUUUCCCUGCAAAAUUAUGUUCUAAUAAGCUGUCAAAAAAGAGUGCGUAGAUGUAUUUAAUGUUAUUCAUGUGUGUAUAUUUUUGUGGAUGCAUGCACAUUUAUGUCUGUUUUUUUCAGUUUUUGUUUUUUUAAUGAUUACCAGACAUAAUGAUAGUGUGUGUGUGUGUGUGUGCAUGCGCAUGUGUGUGUUGUUGAGUUUGAUCAACUCUUACCUCAAAGAUGAUGCUUGAUAAGAGGGACAUGGUCACAACGUUACUUUUAGGAUUAUCAUUUACUGAUGCAAUGUCUGAUCCUGAUCUACUGGGUAGGAAAAGCAAAGGUCUAUUGAUGUUGAAGCCGAGGGUAAUAUAUAAACAUAUAUACUCUUAUUAUGUAUGGCAGAGUUAGGUAUCUAAUCCCAGCUGUGUAUGCUGUUAUAUCAGGAAACUUAAACUUUAAAAUUUUGCGUGUAUAUCUGUUACCGUCACUAAAUCCCUAUCAUUAGAAAUUAGAAAUAUUUUAUGUUGGUGUGUGUGUGAGCUUAAGAAGUACAGGUUUGUUGGAGGUGCUGGCAUACUGGUUUAUUUUUAAUGUGUGUAUUACUGGCAGGAAAAUGUAUGUGUAAAUUGCAGCCUUUUGUUUAGAUUCAUAUGUAUGCAUGAUACUUUCCUUCAAAAUUAAGGAAGAGUUAAAAAGAGUGGCUCUGUUUGAUUUGCGUGUGUUGCUGUUUAUGGAGCUUAAAUCUUUGUUUCUCUUUUCAGGUUCAGAAGGCUACGUUUCCAUGACAGUGGAUCCAAACUAAGGUGGCUCCACACCUCGGCGACCGCAGAGCAUACUUCCUAACACACUGUCCUUUGGGGUGAGGUAGUAGGUUGUAUAGUUUUAGGGUUGUUCCCAAACUGUCAGAUGACUAUACAACUUACUGUCUUUCCUGAAGAGGCAGUAAACGCGGCAUCUUCAACCGCAGAGGGAGCUACCUCGGAUCUUGUUCGGACUUUUCAUGCUCGGUGUCUUUUCUUUUUGUUGUUUUGUCUUUAUUUGUUCAUUUCAUGUAUUGUUCUCCCUCUUCAUUUUAAUCAUUAGCAUCGUCUUUUAGUGAAUUUGUUUAUUUAAAAAUUUCAGUCACAAAGAUGUAGCGGGCACAAAAAGAAUAUAUCCCAAAAAUGUUUUUUUUUUUAAAUUUAUAAUAGUAUAUUGUUUAAAAUAAUUAAUUAGAAAUAUAGAAAGUGUUUCUGUUUCGUUGUUUCUGUUGCUUUUUUAUACAUUAACAUUGAAAAAUAAAUAUGUAUUGUUGAUGUUUUUCUUUUAAUUAAUAUAGAAUUAGAACACUAAACAAAUCGAUGAAUUCCCUUUUGUACCCUGAAUACUUGAUUGUUACUUUAUUUACUUUAAAUCCUCUUCUCUGGUCAUCAUGUUUAUUAAUUGCUUAUUAUCUCCUGGUGUAUUGUGUCAUUUUUAUUUCUCAUGUCAGUUUGAAGCACAGAAAGCGUUUUGGAACUGUGACCCCUGUGUGACCUGAUGCUCGUACGGGGUGAGGUAGUAGGUUGUGUGGUUUCAGGGUUGUGAUUUUGCCCCGUCGGGAGUUAACUAUACAACCUACUGCCUUCCCUGGAGGGCAGCAAAACCUCACUGCCACUAAAAACUACAAACCGUCGCCGUUGGAAGACUACAAACUGUGGAUUCAACAGCUCGUGGCUAUCGCUAGCAGGUAUUGUCCGCUCAAAACCAAAGAGGCGCCUGCGCACCAUGCUCUCAUCUGAUUGGCUCACGUGCCCGGGUGUGGCGUAAGGAGGUGUGCGCGCGCAUGACAAGUGUUGACGUCACAUCCUGUUUAGCCGCAUUUGACAGCGAGGACAGGGAGAGUGGAGCUCGUCUCCGAGGAGUCAGACUCGGACAUGAAUUCUGCGCUUUCUCAGGCGUGUGAGUGAGGACGGGGAGUGUGAUGGCCGGGGCCCUCUGCUGCCCCCCAUCACCUCUGGGGGAGUCUUUGAUGGACAGCCCUCUGUGUGGAGAUCUGAUGGAUGACCUGCGAGACAUCUCACAUCUCACAUCCCUCCAGUUUGAUUUCCCCGAGUACCGUAGUCCUGACCCAGCAUCGGAGGAGUCUGCCUCUGUUGACACGCUGACACCGGCCUCCAGUCCCUCUCCAGGGUCCUGCCCGACGGCAGCAUCGUCUGAAGGCGACGUUACCCCCCUCAGCCUCGACUGUAGAGUGUGUUCUGACAAAGCGUCCGGAUUCCACUACGGCGUGCACGCCUGCGAGGGCUGCAAGGGAUUCUUCAGAAGGACGAUCCGGCUGAAACUGGAGUACGAGCGCUGCGAACGCAACUGCAAGAUCCAGAAGAAGAACAGGAACAAGUGCCAGUACUGCCGCUUCCACAAGUGCCUGUCGGUGGGAAUGUCACACAAUGCGAUCCGAUUCGGCCGGAUGCCUCAAGCAGAGAAGCUCAAGCUGAAAGCAACACGCAGGACAGAGGCCAGGAAAGAGGAGGAGAGUCCGCAGCUGUCCGACCACAAGAACCUUGUGCGCCACAUCCAGGAGGCCUACAUGAAGAACUUCAGCAUGAGCAAGGCCAAGGCACGUCAUAUCCUCAUGGGGAAGACCAGCGAGCAGCAGGUGUUUAUCAUCCACGACAUGGAGACAUUCUCACUCGCGGAGAGGACUCUCGCUGCUCACAUGGUCAACGGUGGAAACGUGAAGCUGGAGGACGGCUCUCCAGCAAAGGAGGAAGUCCAGCCACUGUGCGUGGAGCUGCAGCAGCGGGAGGCCGAAACACGACUCUUCCACUGUUGCCAGAGUACGUCUGUGGAGACCGUCACAGAGCUGACCGAGUUCGCCAAAGCAAUCCCUGGUUUCCAGAGUCUGGACUUGAACGAUCAGGUGACGCUGCUGAAGUAUGGAGUGUACGAGGCACUCUUCACACUGCUUGCCUCCUGCAUGAACAAGGAUGGACUCCUGGUGGCACGAGGAGGUGGCUUCAUCACCCGGGAGUUCCUCAAGAGCCUCCGCCGGCCGUUUAGUGACAUGAUGGAGCCCAAGUUCCAGUUCGCCACUCGCUUCAACUCACUGGAACUGGAUGACAGCGACCUCUCUCUUUUUGUGGCUGUCAUCAUCUGCUGCGGAGACCGUCCUGGCUUGGUGGAUGCUCCUCUUGUUGAGCGUCUGCAGGAGGACAUCGUUCAGGCUCUGCAGCUCCACCUGCUGGCCAACCAUCCUGACAACACCUUCCUCUUCCCGCGGCUGCUGCAGAAACUGGCGGACCUACGCGAGCUGGUCACAAAACACGCGAAGCUGGUGCAGGACAUCAAGAUAACGGAGGAGACGUCGCUGCACCCACUGCUGCAGGAGAUUUACAGAGACAUGUACUGAUCCACGAGUCCUGUUUCUGGAACUCCAAGCUUCUCAGACCUACAAGUCACUGCUGAAGUCACUGUUGUCUGUGAGCCUGCGACAUGAGUCCAAGCUCUUGCCCACGAACGCUCCUCACAGCUGUAACAAGUCGACCUCAAUGACUUGGAUGACCUCAACACGACAGUACUGCAUUUUAAGUGUCUAUGAACUUCUAAAAACGUUGUUUAUGUCACGCCAGUAUUGGGACCUGUAGGUCUGAAGAUACACGACUGAACAGUUUCUGAUCCAUUUGUGGACGACUACCAGAGUCCACUGUCUAAGUAUAUGUAGACACACCACUGGUCCAAACUGUUACUGACAUAUUCUGAUCUGUGACACCCAGUUAUGGUUGAAGUGUGAACCAUUCCUGAUUGGCCACCUGACCAUCAUCCACCAGGACUGUUACAAGCCGAGAGACCAGACUCACUCUGAUCUCUUACAUGGCCCAUGGAGAUGCUGAAGGUCAAGCUUGUACCGUCGAGGGGGAAUAAUGUUAACUGUUGCCAGCAGUCCAGUUGUGCUGUUUCGGGUCAAGCGGGUUCAGCUGCUAUGUGUAUGAACUGUUGUGUUGAGAAAGGAGGAGUGUGUUUCUGUUUGACCUGUGAUUUCCAGAGUCGUAGUGCAUCUCUUAAACUGGACCUCAAAUGUGUUUCUGCGUCACCUCUGGUCACCUGAAUACACAUAGUGAACCUCCUGGCCAGAUUCUGAGCUGCUGCUGUUGCUUCUGUUCCACAUGUGGAUGUUGUCUUGUACCAACCCAAGUGUUGUGUUGUUGCAGGUGUGAACGCAACAAGGUUGUGGAACAAAAACACUUUGCAGAGGAACAGAUGUAGCGAUGGGGGACCACAGGAAUAUAAAAAGAAAAAACUAACAAAACCUGAAAUAUGAAUUCUCUGAGUAAACAAUAAAUAUGUUCAUGAUACAAGCUUCAAGUCUGAAAUUGAUUUAAAAUGUCAUUUUAUGUCAUGUUUUGCUUUUAUUAAGGAAUCAGAGGUUUAAAAUAUAAUAAAUUUACUUUUUAACAUCUUGAUGAGCGUUACAUUUGGUUACAUUGAUUUCAUUUGUGUAAGUGACUUGUAUAGUCUAAAAAAACGUCAUCUUUUAAUGAACAUAGUUCGGGAUUGUAAUCAAUAUAUGGGAUGUUCAUAAUAUAGUUUUUGAAAAUGAGAAUUACAUUGUAUCAUUGAAAGUAUCAGAUAUACAUGUAUGCCAUAAGAGGUGUGCAAAA